AUUGCAUAAAUUAUUUCAUUUGAUCAACAAAGGUCGAUGACCAUCAAUACCACGGCUACCCUCAAGAAUGGUUGCCUCAUGGUCAGAGGCAAGGAGGUCCUUACCAGAGUUCCAGAAAACGUUGUCGUUUCUGCAUCAAGCUGCGACUCUGCUUUCCUUGGCGCUACCUCUACAACUCUCAGUUCUCAUCAUGUUUUCACCCUUGGAGUUCUUAACAGGGGAUACCGUUUCUUGUGCCUUUUUAGAUUCAAAAUAUGGUGGAUGAUACCUCGUGUGGGGAAAUCAGGUAGAGAAAUCCCAAUGGAGACUCAAAUGCUUAUGUUGGAAGCAACAGAGGACUCUGCUCUGCAAGAUGAAAUUUCUUCGGAUACAUCAAAUAAUAACACCUUCUAUAUUCUCCUGUUGCCUGUGUUGGAUGGUCAGUUUCGGACCAGCUUGCAGGGAACUUCUGCAAAUGAGCUCCAGUUUUGCAUUGAAAGUGGAGAUGUUAAUGUCCAGACCUCCCAAGCUUUUGAAGCUGUAUUUAUAAACUCAGGGGACAACCCUUUUGAGCUCAUCAAGAAUUCUGUCAAGAUAUUGGAGAAGCACAAGGGAACAUUUAGCCAUAUAGAAAACAAGAAGAUCCCUCCACAUUUAGACUGGUUUGGAUGGUGCACUUGGGAUGCUUUUUACUCUGAAGUAAAUCCACAUGGAAUCAAAGAGGGUCUUCAAAGAUUUUUGGAAGGUGGGUGUUCACCGAAAUUUCUUAUUAUUGAUGAUGGAUGGCAAGAUACAGUAAAUGAAUUUCACAAACAAGGCGAACCGCCUAUUGAAGGAACACAGUUUGCGAGUAGAUUGGUUGACAUCAAAGAAAAUAGCAAGUUCAAGAGUUUAGGCUUAGAUGAUACUCAAAACUGUACCAAUCUCCGUGAGCUUAUUGAUACAAUCAAGGAGAGAUAUGGACUAAAAUAUGUUUAUGUUUGGCAUGCUUUAGCUGGAUACUGGGGAGGAGUCAUGCCGUCAUCCGAAACAAUGAAAAAGUACAACCCAAAACUCAAAUAUCCAGUUCAGUCACCUGGUAAUGUUGGGAAUCAAAGAGAUAUUGCAAUGGACAGCUUAGAAAAAUAUGGAGUUGGAGUUAUUGAUCCUAGCAAAAUUUUUGAAUUUUACAAUGAUCUCCAUAGCUAUUUGGCAAGCAGCAAUGUAGAUGGAGUAAAGGUAGAUGUUCAGAAUUUGAUUGAAACAUUAGGUUCUGGGUAUGGUGGACGUGUCACUUUGACUAGACAGUACCAAGAAGCACUUGAGCAAUCUGUUGCAGGAAACUUCAAAGACAACAAUCUCAUCUGCUGUAUGAGUCACAAUUCAGACUCAAUUUACAGUUCAAGGAAAAGUGCAGUCGCGAGAGCAUCAGAAGAUUUCAUGCCAAGAGAGGCAAAAUUUCAGACCUUGCAUAUUGCUUCUGUAGCUUAUAACAGCCUUCUUCUCGGGGAGAUUGUGAUUCCGGACUGGGACAUGUUCCAUAGCAAACAUGAAACUGCUGAAUUCCAUGCUGCUGCAAGAGCAGUGGGUGGAUGUGCAAUAUAUGUGAGCGACAAGCCAGGCAAUCAUGAUUUCAACAUCCUGAGUAAGCUUGUUUUGCCUGAUGGAUCUAUCCUGAGAGCUAGAAAUGUUGGCCGCCCGACCAGAGAUUGUUUAUUUGUAGAUCCUGUCAUGGAUGGGAAAAGUUUGUUAAAGAUAUGGAACUUGAACAAGUUAUCAGGUGUAAUUGGCGUGUUCAAUUGCCAAGGAGCAGGAAGUUGGCCAAUGAAACUAGAAACUGAAGACAUGCCCAUUGCAGCAUCCACACCUUUAUUCCUUUCAGGACAUGUAAGGACUACUGACGUUGAAUUUCUUGAAGAGGUUGCAGGUGAAAAUUGGAAUGGGGAUUGUGCAAUCUAUGCCUUUAAUUCAGGUGCUCUUUCUCUAUUGCCCAGGAGUGGAAUUAUUGAAGUGUCCUUAGCCACACUUAAAUGUGAAAUAUAUACAAUCUCUCCAGUUAGGGUUUAUGGUCAGAAUAUUCUCUUUGCGCCAAUAGGAUUGCUGGAUAUGUACAACUCUGGAGGAGCCAUAGAAGUAAUAAGCUGCAUGAAGGAUCUUGCAGAAUGCAGAAUCAGAGUAAAAGGACGAGGCUGUGGCCGAUUCGGAGCCUACUCCAGCACUAAACCAAAGUAUUGUAUGGUGGAUAAUAAAGAGGAGGAUUGGACGUACAAUGCAGAAGAUGGAUUAUUGAGCAUUGAACUGCAAGGAGAACGCAAUUUGAGAGAGAUUGAAUUCGUAUAUUAAGGAAUUGGUUUCUGUUUUUUUUUUUUUCUUCUUCCGCUGCAUUAAAGAUGUAAGGAAAUAAAGAAAUAUUGUUCAUAUAUCAUUCUAAUGAAAUUACUGGCAUCAAAAGAA